AGCUCCGCUGUCCUACCUGUUCUCAUCGAGUGCGGCCGAGGUGUCCUCCCAGUACAUCGAGCAGUUCCACAUGGACAGAGUCAGGUACAUGACGCCGUGCGAGGUGAUCGCUCUGGAUGGCGGGGUGCCCGGCGAGGUACUGAUCAGCGACUCCAACCUCUACUUCGUGGUGGACCGGACCGCCUCUACGGGUUCGUCAGUAGCCGGCAUGGUGCUGGGCUCGUCCGAGUGCGGCUACCAGCGCUGGCCGUGUGAGGACAUUCGCGAGCUGCACCGUCGCCGGUACGAGCUGCGAGAGUGUGCCGUGGAGCUGUUCAUGAGUACUGGACACACUCACCUCAUCACAUUCAGCACCACAGAGGCCCGGGAGCGGUUCCUGACGGAAGUGUUUACCUGUCCCGGCCUGCAGCUGGUCGAGUGCGACUCACUGGCCGACCUGACUCAGCGCUGGCGAGACGGCUCCCUGACCAACUUCGAGUACCUGAUGCACCUGAACAAGAUGGCCGGCCGGACGUUCAACGACCUGAUGCAGUACCCGGUGUUCCCGUUCGUGGUACGCGACUACCGGUCGGCCAGCCUGGACCUGAGUGACCCGGCCGUGUACCGCGACCUGCGCCGGCCCAUGGGCGUCCAGGACCCCACCCGGGAGGCCUACUACGUGGAACGGUACAAGUACCUGCAGUCGGAGAUGUUUGGCUCCCCCGAGCGGCUGGGCAUCGACGGUCCGUACCACUACGGCACACACUACUCCAACUCGGGCAUCGUGCUGCACUUCCUGGUCAGGAUGCCGCCCUUCACACAACUCUUCCUCAAGUUCCAGGACGGCAAUUUCGACCUGCCGGACCGGACGUUCCACUCUGUGGAGCAGGUGUGGCGUCUGUCCAGCUCCGCCUCUAACACCGACUUCAAGGAGCUCAUACCAGAGUUCUACUUCCUGCACGAGAUGUUUGCCAACAGUCAGGGUUUCCAGAUCGGUCGCCGCCAGUCGGGUCAGUCGGUGGACUCUGUGGUGCUGCCCGACUGGUGCCAGCACUCGGCGCGGCUACUGGUGCUGGUGCUGCGCCAGGCGCUCGAGUCGGAACUGGUGCGCCGAGAGCUGCCCCACUGGAUCGACCUGGUGUUUGGGUACAAACAGACGGGCCCGGCGGCCGUGCAGGCGGUCAAUGUGUUCCAUCCGGCGACAUACGUGGGCUACGAUAUUCACCGGUGCGAGGACGCGAUGGCUCGCCAGGCGCGGCUGACCAUGGUGCGCACGUACGGACAGAUGCCGCGGCGACUGUUCCGCUCAGCACACCCGCACAUACCCGACCGGACACAUGUUAACAUACAGCUGCCGGUGAAAGAGCCGGCGCUGCUACCUACGGUAACUGGCCUGCGCUGGGGCGAGUACGUCGGUUCUCCCGAGUGCUCCGCUCCUGCCGUGGUGUGGCAGCGGCCCCUCGGCGCUCCCGUGCGCCGUCUCCGCACCGUGCCGGCCGGCGCCGUGCUCGCCCUACCCCCGAGCACCUGCUGCACUCAGCUGUGGCGAGAGACUCGCAGACACGUGGUCACUCCGCCUCCCCCGGCUGACCAGAUCAGUUUCGCCAACUGGGGCCAGCCGGACGGCCUGGUGCGGCUGCGGCAGGCGCAGAAAACGCAGCCGGUGGUCGCGCCGCCGCCCGGCGAUAAGGUGGAUCUGUGCGCCUUCUCCGCCGGCCGACUCUGGGUGGGUCUCAGCUCGGGCGCCGUGCACGUGUACGACACGCGCCCGGCGGCGGCGGCGGCCGGCGUCCGCCUGGUGCGUCUCGGCCUUCGUCGGCUAGCCGCCCUGGAGCCGUGUGACAGCUUCUCGGUGAUGGUAGCCGCAGACCGGGGCGGCAGCAUGGCCAUCUGGGACACCAACACUCUGGAGCUGGUGCGGCGUCUCUCUGUGGCAGGCGCCGUCCACUCCCUAGCCGUCAGCCCCACAGCCGGGGACCUGAUCGUGGCGUACGGCGAGUGGGACGCCCCUGCGGCGGCGGCCUCUACACUGGAGCUGAUCACCAUCAACGGACGGACGGCGGCGCACCGCGGCUGUCCGCGAAAGGUGACGGCGGUGACGGUCUCGGCACUAACCGAGGGCCGCGCCGUGAACGUGGUCGCCGCCGGCCACGAGGAGGGCACUGUCACUCUGUGGGAUACGUGGCUGCUGCGGCCGGUAGGGGAGCCGCUGGCGCCGCCGCCGGCCGCAGUAGGACUGCAGGUCACCAGUUUGUGCUACUCAGCCACCGGUCACCUGCUAUACGUCCUGCACGGCCGGUCGGUACCACUCCCCGACCAAGCCAAACCAAGCCAGGUCCUGGUGCUGUGGACCAGUGGCGGCGUCAAACCCACGGCCCGGGCCGCCCGGUUACUGGACCUAUCCACGCGGAGGCCCCGCGAACUGCCCGCAUGGAGCUGCGACACCAGCGACGAGGAGUGAAGGGAUUUCAGGGCAGGCAGAGGGAUUCUGCUGCCGUAUCUAGUUACAGCGGACGUCUGCUCAUUGGACCGUCGUGUUCUGCAAGACUCGUGAGUUAUGAGAAGUAAGUGUUCUGUGUUCUGUGAACGUAUCUCGGCUAGUUGCAAUGCUGUGGCGCCAGCCCUCCCGCCGCUCAGGGAGCCAGGACGUACGGACUGAGAGUCGUUCCAUCAGUUGCAUAGCUCUAUCCUGUCCAUGGAAUCUGGCCAGGGGGCUGAGGCUGUGUCGGAGUGCGAUAUUUUUACGGACAGCUGGCUCCGCGAGUGUCAGCAGAGCUCCGAGGCUGUGCGAAUGGUACGAUACAUUCCUGUGUUUAUCCGGGUCAAUUAACCGAUGCUAGGAUGAUUGUAGACUGUUUUAGGGCGUGUUUGUGUGUGUUGCGAUCUGUCUGCAUGUCUGUAUCUGUUGGGUGGGAAGUGUCAGCCGUCUGAAUCAGGCAGUGAGGGAAACUGGUCGGAGUUACGGGCCGGCGGUCCCGAGGUCCGUCCACUGCGGCCCGUAUCGGGUGUUUCGCUCCGCCUGUCCGUCGCGCCGGCGCUGGUCGGUGGUGGCCGUCCGCCGGCAGUGUCUGUGGGCGCUGUGCUCUGAGGUCAGCCUCCCCGGCUCGUUGGCGCUACCUCGGGAUCCAGCGGCGACCACAGACCGGCUCACCGAUCACAAAUAGCCGACCGCUCAGGUCAGUACGGUACGACAGCGGCGAACUGACGAACGCUGCGGUGUGUGUGGGCUCAUGUCUUAACCGGCCGGGAGGGGCCCUUCUCUUUCAGAUGGUAUGCAAUAUCGCUGCGCUAUUACUGAACCGGCCCAGUUUUAUAUCAGGGUAAGAGUGUUAUGGGAGGUACGGCAAUAAUCUAUGACCGAGGGAGUUCGCGCGUGUGCGGUGUCUAUCGGACGCCGGUGAAAACAGGGCGCCGGAGGGCAUAUUAGUCACGUGAGAUUUGGAACUUCUCCCGCUCCAUGGGCCUUCUAUAUGCUAAACGUCACGUGUAAAUUUCACGAACCUUGAUCAAAUCGCCCCAGGCGUCCUGUUUUCACCGUCGUCCUCUGUACCGUGUGUUCAUUGUUGUGUGUCGAACUCAUAGCGUUAGCCCGCUGUGUAGCGCGCGUCGGACCUGUUGUGGGCACAAAGUGUAUCUGUUGGUGCUCUCUAAGGUCACAUACGCACCCUGCAUAACCCUCCUGUGUUCACUGCUUCAUUUUAUCGUCAUUCUGGAACGUCAAUUUAGUUGACUUGUUUUUAGCGUUUUCCCACUGGCUGUACGUUUAUCCUCAUCUAUCAGAAGUCAGGCAUCCAAUCAGGCAGAGGCCGUUUGGGCCGGCGUACGGGGCUGGGGCGCGGGUGGACGCGCGAUCCUCGUGUCGGCUGUUACAAAUAUAACUCAUAUCUUAUUGA